AUGAUCGUCGGCGACACUGUCCAUCGGAAAAUGAUUUUCCAUCAGAGGAUCAAAGAUUUUGCAAUACCCUUCAAAAAGAGAGUAAAGACUUUAACGUUUAGUGAUCCAGAAAAACGAAUGAUAAAGGGUGUAGCAGUGGUGGAUAAUGACUUCUCCCAUGCAAGUGCCAAUAUAACUGAAGGUGGAGUAGGAUAUUCUUACGUCACAGUUCGAAUGAAAAGCCAGAGGCAUCACCCUCUAAACUUCGAAAUGGAAAUAUACGUCUAG